GCUGUGCGCAGGCCACACAAGAUGGCGGCCGAUUAUGAUGAAUAGAGAUGUUCAUUUGUUUCUCAUGAUACGGAUACCACUCAUGUUUUCAGUUGACUUUUUACGCAAUGAACGUUCAUUCAGAUAGGCGUUGCAUUGAUUGCAUUUGAUCUGGGCUACCGAAAACUGUCCUGAACAAUGGCUGGUUGGCCUGAAUGUUCGAUGUUUGUUUAUAUUUUUGUUUUUGUGUGCGUCCAGGGUAUAGAUAUCGAUUUUGACGACAGUCAAGAUGGAUUUUUCUUGAAGUCCCCAUACCACAAGUUCAAACCUGCUGAACCGAGUGUCGUGAAAGAAUCACUCAUCCUCACUCAUCCUGCUGAGGUUUACAAGUUGAGGGCCAGCUAUGGCCCAUUUGAAAUGUAUCAGGUUGUUCCAAACGGGAUCCUGAGUAAUCUUUUAAAGUAUGAAGAAACGUUUGACAAGUCGAGCAACCACAUGCAGCGGCACAUACUCCACAACAUGGAUGUGAGCGCCCACCUGGUGUCCCAUGUCAUCUCCCGGUCCAACCCGGUGGUCCAGGUGCUGGUGCACGCGCAGCCUCUGACCCGCCGGAAGAAGCAGGACCUAAUCUACAGCUACUACGGCUACAGCCAGCAGUGGUGCGCGCAGAUCUUCGCCUCGAAGGGCGACGAGCAGUUCUCGGCGGUGUGCGUGCUCAGCGGGGAUGCCCACGCCUGCGUGGCCGGGAUCAGCCUCCCAGACCACUGGUGGGAUGCCACCAACAGCUCGCUCCUGGGUCUGGACACGCUGGUCUAUUACGACAUUUCACGCGUGGAGCAAAACCAGGAGUGCGCCAGCGUCUCCAACACCAUCGUGCCCGCGCGGGCCGAGGGGCCGACUGCCGGUGCGGAGAAGAAGCUGAUCUCAGCGGUGCAGCUGGCGCAAGAGCAGCUUUCUUACGAGGACCACAAGGAUAAGGAUCUCGUGUUCCGCAUCCCGCAGAGCGAGCUCAAGUCGAACUCGAGGUUUGAGGUGCCCGUGCUGUUGGAAAAGAACUCGGCUCUUAAGGAGUUUGUUAUUCAGGUGAAAGUUCGUGGGGGCAUUGAGAUAGAAGGGGCAUCGACUGACGUAGCAAGUCCCUGGAGUGUGAUUUUUGAGGCGGGAGACACAGACGGCACCGCCUCGGUGACAGCCUUCAUCAAGGAGGAUGUCAAGUACACCAAGAGUUUCAAGCAAGAGGAGAUAAUGCGGUGGCAGUUCAGAGUGGCGUCGGGCCCUGACCUCCCCACCACGGCGAGGAUCACCUGGAUCGUGGACUAUGAGAGGAACGGGCUGUUGCGCAACUCUUACUUCUCCCCGGAAGGCUCAAAAGUGGCCGCCAAGUUCAACAUCAUAAGCAGUCAGCCGGAGAAUAUUGUGGCAGUCCUGAAGGAGCGGAGUAUUCUCAACACCGCCAUUCUGACUGGAAAGCCAGUGACCCAUGACCUGAUGAUAUUCAGUGUCUCGAGUGACAGUUCUUUUCGGGAUGUAACUAAAGACUCCAGUUGCAGAUCCACUGAUCCAGAGGCUCUGAAGGUCUCGGAGACUUGCGAUUUCGUUCUCCUGGAUGGCACUGAGACAAGAGGGGCACAGAAUGUGACAGUUUUAGUGCGGACGGCCGAGCACAUGGCCCAGUUGGGUGUGCGGGUGUGGGUGCCGGAGCCCCGGCUGGACAUUCACCUGUCUGACCCCAAGCUGAGCCAGGUCCGCGGCUGGAAAGUGGAGAGGAAAACUUCUGUUGUGUCAAAGCGUAGCAUUGACUUGGGCUUGUUGACCCACUCCAAUGUGAUCAUGGGCAGCCAGGAGCUGUCCCCCCGGCAGAACUGUCGGCACAAGUAUCAGCAGUCGAUGAUUGACGUCUACGCCCGGUUUGUGAUCAAGGCUCCGAGCGAGGCCCCCAAAUACUUUCGCAACAAGAAGACGUUUGUGCGGGUCACUUCCCUUGUGGAGAACCAGCUGCAGGUGGCCAACCCGAACAUUGCCAAGAUGGUGGGCACCACGGUGCAGGGUGUGUCGCCUGGUCGCACGGAGGUUCAGGUUAUCUCUCCCACUGGAAAAUUGAUGGGGGCUAAGGAAGUCCGUGUCGGGAAAGAUAAGGUGGAGAUUGAAAGGCUGAUGGUUCGAGUCAUCAGUGGGAUGGCUCUCCACAUCACGGAGGACAGAAACCUCCCAGGGGCUUUGAUGGCCACAGUGCUGCUGAGAGAUCAGCUUGUGGCCAAGCAGCAGGAAGCAGUACUGGACAUAGCUGUGGAGUUCAAGGAUGGCUCCAUGUUGCCUCUGUCGCACAUCAACCCAUCCGAGUACGACCUGAAGGUGGUGUCCAUGAACUCCGACGUGGUAGAGGUCACCGAGUUUAUCUCCACGGCUCCUGCUCUGCCGCCGAGCAUCAAAGCCGUCGGCAACGGGAAGGGAGAGAUCGUCAAGGUCAUCCUGCGGGAGAGUGGAAUGUGCCAGAGGAAAAAGAUCCGAACCCUAGACACGGAAUAUGUUCAUGUUCAGGUCGAUUUUGCCAAAGACUUUGACUCGUACCCGCUGUGGCAAAGCGACGGCAACUACUUCAGCAACCGCGCCGGUGACCGCAGGCAUGGCAGCUACGACAAGGACAUCUACCAGAACAAGGAGGAGUACUUCAAGCACCAGCAGCAGCAGCACUACAACAAGCCGCGCCAGCACCACCGCCCAGACGCCUCCAGCUACGCAAAGUCUGGGAAAUCGGGACCUAAGGUUUACCCCUUGGAAGAAGUCUACGACAAGCUGGAAACAUUCACGCCGUCGGACACAGACUCUGAGACCAAAGAGCCGAAGACCGAAGCCUUGGAGCAGCCAGUGAGCACACAGGCCAAGCAUCCCUCUCCUCUGGAGAUCGGCAUGUAUGUCUUGGUGGCCGUGUUUGUGUUUGCCAUCCUGGUGUUCACUGCCAACUGCGCCGUCUUCAUGGUGCGCUACCAGCGCAAGCGCUCCCCAAAGGGUUCGCGCGUCGUAACAGGCUCCAUCUCUCAGGCCCCCGACUGGGUGUGGAUCGGGCGGGCCACGCUCGAGCGCCACGGUGCGGGCAACGCCGGCUGCAACCACGCCCUCAUGGCCGAGGAGGACUUCAACGGGAACCAGAUGGUUCUGCCCAACUCCCUCCCAUCAUCUGCGUCGUCAAGGUCGUCGAUCCGCCGCCACAUACAACCUCCUGGCGUGAGGGGAGGAGGAGGAGGAGGAGGCGGCGGCAAGGAUAAUUCGAACCCUCGAGCCAGUAGCACCAGCGGGGUCACGGGUUCGUCGGGCUCCUCCUCGGCCAGUAAUCGAGACAGUGUGGUGUCCACAUACCAGGGUUCGGAGUGCAGCAUUCGCAUCACGGCCAAUCCGCUGCCGGACGAAGACAGCGGUAUGGGCUACAACGAGGCCGAGUGGGACUACGAGGCCAUGGGCAUGACGUACGAGCAGCUGAUGGAGUACUUCGACAACUUGAAGGAGUCCUCCGCAUAAUUUUCAUGGCUUGGCUAGGACUUGUUUUUUAUCCCCUUUUUGUUUGUUUUCAACCCUCUCCAGCCUAUUUCAUCCAAAACUAUAGGCUUCUUAACCCUUCAAGCCUGCCCCCUCCUUCCCCCUUAGCGGACAAGACCUGUGCACCUGAACCCUCGUAGGUUGACAUAUAGAUUUGUGCAACUACACAAUGAGGUGUGCUUUCGUCGGUCGCGCAGAGGGUAAAAGAGAGGGUAAGCUCAAGCAUGCGCUUGGGGUCAAUUGCGUCAAGAUUUUUUUAGAGCUGUGGCACAUGGCAGGAUCUUUAGUCUAGAGAGGGUUGAUGUCAUAUGAGCUUUCGUGCUGGGCUUUUCUCAGUCUUGGACGUAGUUCUGAUAUUUUCGGGACGUUUUGAUAGCCUUUUGCAAAUUUGAUGUGACCAGGAUCUGAAAAGUAUUAGCUGUUUUUGAAUUAUUUUUUGUUGUUGUUGUUGUGUGCUGAUAAGGAUGAAAGAGUUUAAAAUAAGGAUUAUCCAGUUUCAUACUCAUAUUAUACUACAGUUUGCAUUUAGACUUUCUUUACAUAUUUAUUAUUAUUUACAUCAUUGUCAAACAUCUAUCAAUAUAUAUUUAACAAUUGUAACUUAUUUCAUUCAUAACUAAUCAGGUAUAUUCAAAAUUGAAAGCUGAAUAGAUUGCAUGAUUUGUCUCUUCCCCCCGUCCCCCCGUCUUGUUGCUGCUACAAACUGCUUUCUUCUAGAGCACCACAACUUACCUCAAGGAUUUUUUUUCCUUUAAGUAGUGUAUUUCUUUCAUGGUUAACCAUCACUGUUGAGUAGCUCCUCUUGCUACUUUUUUCUCACAGGAGGGUGAAUUUGCAUGGGAGGUUGUUCGUCAGUAAUGGCAUUUAAAGCCUUUAUUAUUAGUCAUGGGUAAUAAAUUCAGAUCAGAAUGUCUAGAAAUGAGUCUGAUUUAAGUGCCUGCUCUUUUCUGUGGACAGCGUCCAGUUUGAUAUGAUCAGAAAUACCAAGGUGAAAUCUCUUUGCCUGGACUAGUCAUAAGAAAUAGCCUGCAUGUAGUCAGGUCUGGCAUUAGUUGGUGCAUAUUAUAUCUGUGAGGUGCAUUUUGGCUUUUUUUUUUUUUUUUUGAGGGUCGGGAGGUGUACUUUUAUGUACUGAGCGCAAGGAGUGAUCCCCCCCUCUUUUUUACAGCAUUUAAAAACAAAUUUAUUUUGUUUAUUGAGAGAAUUGUGAUGUCCUUUGUGUUAACAAACGGUUCUGAUGACCAGUGAUAAAAGUUUCACUCCGUUCAAGCAUUCACUUCUUCCUUCUUCUUUUUUAUUUUAAAUUUUUUAAAAAAUUAAUAAGAAUGUUCGUCUCUCCGGACCAGUGUUUGGUCGUGUUAGGAAACAAAAAAAGUAAUCAGCCCCCAGCUUCGUUUUCAUGAAGACUUUUCAUGUAAAUCGGAUCCGCAACAACCUUUUGAAUCUUUCUUUUUAUAAUAAUAUAUAUGUGGUUGUUGAGGUACACAUCACGGCUGUCAUGUGUAAGGGUCUGCCUACAGACAGACACAGUUGUACACAUUCACAUACCAAGGUUGUUUACUUAUUUAGCAUAUUUAGUCUUGUAUGGCCACACUCGACGUGCGAGCUCCCAUUGUAAUGUUGUACAUACAGCUGAAUGAGUUAUUAUUUUUAUCUUAUAAUGGCAGUUGUUCAGUGAUAUCUAAGUCAUUAUGGUUUACAUUUUUACUCAGCGUGUGCUUCUGUUGAACUGCAUUGUGCGUGUCAAGUUGUGAUUGGGUCAUCGUAUAUGUUUUCUCCGACUUGCUUUUCAUAUAUUUGUGAUACUUGAUUUGAGCCUUUUGUUGUUGUUUUUUUCCUCCCCCCUCCCGUGCGUGUAUGAUUUUAGGGGAGACAUCAUGUUCUUCUGCCAGAUCAAUUUGUCAGUCUACAAUUCAAUUCAAAGUCUGCUGUCAACGGUGCACUAUUUUACUGUAUAUUCGAUGUUUGUCUUUACCGCUACUUCAUAAAACUGUGUUGUUGAGAGGAAUUACUGGGAGGAAAAGAAAGAGUUUUUCUUGAAAUUGUUUUUCCUUCCAUAGUAGUUUAGGGAUUUCUUUCUUAUUCUUUAUCGGAUAUCUCAGGCAGACUGUUGUGCACCUUGGUGUCUGUCAUGUACACCGACAAGACUACAGUUUGAAAUAGGCAGGUUUGGGGAAGAAUAGUUCUUUGACGAAGAGUUAUACCUGAACAGUUAAAACAUUUCCGCUUUCAAUGGGUGUGUUUUGAUUUUUAGGUGUUUUAAAAAAAUUAAAUGUAAUCCCAACUUAAAUGUUACAAAAAUCUUUCAAAGUAUAAAAGAGGGAAAAAUACCUGCAGCAGUGUCUUCAUAUUUAAAAAAAAAAAUUUUUGUUGUAACUUUUGACAGUGAAUGUGCAGUAUAUGAAUUUGACUUUUGUUGCAAUCCUGAACAAUCUGUAGUGUUGCUCCAAGUGGAUUCUAUGGCAGAAGUCACAAUUGAUAAAGCUGUAAUGUAUACCUUUGCUUUUUUUAAAAGUCUGUCCUGACAAGAUCCACUAUCCUGUAUCCUUAAACUUAAAGAACAACCACAUUAUAAUUGUCAAUGCUUGCAGGAAUUUUGGUGAAUAAUUUGCAGAGACUAGCACUAGCAUAGUUAUUCAUUGUCUCUUUCUCCCUCUCCCCCUCCCUCUCCUUCCUCCCUCCCUCCCAACUUAAAGAGAGGGACAGCAUAGUGCUGUGCUUUGAGGUUGUUGGGUUUUUUUCUAUUCCUUUGGGCACCUUUUUCUUUGCUGUUGUUCCCCUUUGUCAGCUGGCAGAUGUAACUGAAGUUACAAGUCUCAGAGGCGCAUUGAUUGUAUGGUCAUAUCGUGACUUUGUGCUGCGUACAUAUACCACGACAUUGUAUUACCUGUCACUUAUCCUUCUAUCCUAUCUUGUGUAUCAAUAUGCUUUCAAACAACGAGUCUACGUAAUAUGGUUGCGCUCUGUUUAUUAUCAUCAUUAUGAUUAUUUUUAGUCUAAUAAUUACCUUGUCCCUAUCAUUUUUCCAUAUCUUGCUUUCUAGGUGGAAAGAUGUAGUUACGGUGCUGAUUUAUGUUGUAAAUUUGUUGUUCUUUGUCAGCCCUGUGUGUGUGUGUAUUUUUUCAGCAGACCCGAGGUUAUUUGCUGUGUGGCGUAACCCUCUCAAUUUUUUUUUUGAACAGUAACUCCAGGAAGGACAAAUUUGUGUUCAUUGUCGCCCCGUCUGCUUUGACGGUGUUUGCCUGUAUAAGUAUAAGUAGAUAAUUCUCAGCUGUCCAAAACAGUGCUUAUUUCCGAUAUCAACAGGGGGCUAGUUGGAUUCAAGACAAAUGGGACAUAACAACAUAUUUUCCAGUCUUAUUAGUCAUUUUGAUGUCCACUUGUCAUUUUGACCUGAUUUGGGCAUUUAAAAAAAUGAAGUCAAUACUAGAUAUUGAAUAUAUUUCAAUCUCACAUGGUUUUAGAGUGUACAGAAAUAGAUGUAUUUACCAUACUACCGACUUCAUUGUUUCUGAGGCUUAUGUCAGGUGCGAGCAUUGCCUCAGUAUACUGCCUAAGCUGACAAAACACUUUUUUUUUUUUCAGUUUGGCACCAAAAUGUUUUGAUUGUCUAAAUCGAAAGCCUGAUCAGAUACCUUACUUGUGAUAAAAAUUUGAAGUGAAACUGUGACUGGUUUUUGAAUAAAUUAGAAUUCAAAUUUCGGAAGAACACUAUUUUUCAAUGGUUAUGCUGACAAAAAAAACAACUCUUUCUCGAACAUGCUGUAAAUGAGAAAAAAAAGACUAGACGUUUUCUCAACUUACGGCAGUAUAAACAGGGACAUUGUACGGUGUCCUCAGCACAGGCUGUGCUAUAGACAAGUAUUGACCCAUUUUGGGGAGACGGGAUCUGUAUUGGUUUGUCGCGAGGCAGUGAUUUUUGGCGAAACGCGAUGAUGGUUACUUACCCGUCAACUCUGCCUGUUUUCAGCCACAAUGGAGACCCGCAACUACAGCUGUUUUUAAAACUACAGUCCAGUAUUUGAGGCCACAGAAGGGCCAAAUAUGUUAGUAUUUUUGUGUGAUUUUACUACCUGGAAGUGUUGGGCCUUUUGAGGUAUAAGUGCAAGGUACUUACGACGGUUUAUUUGCAGCUUUCGGUAGUCUGCUGUAAAUAUGGUGGAGAAAUAUUUUAAAAGAUUGUCCAUUGUGCUCGGGGACUCCUUUGUGGUCUGAGCCAAGCGACAUGAAUGAUAUUAUAACUUUGUGUGUACAUUACUAUGUGUAUAGGCAUAUGUAUGUAUGUGCAAACAUUUGUAUACGUAUGUAUAUGAAGGAAAAGAGAUCUGUAUAUUUUCUGCACACUAGAUUAUCAUUGUUCCUCCUCAGCUUUUAGUACUUUGUAAGGGGUUCCUCUCAUAUUUUUUUAAAAACCGAAGCAAACAAUGUUGAAAUAGUCCUCAAGAAAAUUUUGUUAAAGGAAAGACAAACCUGUAAACCAAAAAAUCUGUCUGAAGUCUUUUCAUGCGCUUUUGGGAACAGAAUUGAGCAAGAUUCUAAAAGUACUUGGCUCUGUAGUCCUUGACAUUCUAAGUGCUGAUUUGAAGACGAUCGAUCAAUAAUUGCCAUAUCUUUCUUUGUGUUUCUGAUGAACAUUUACGUAGGUCGAUAGAUGAGUCUUGUCAUGAUUGAAAAACUAAAAUCUGUUUCUUUGAUUGAUGAUCUUCAAAACCCAUGUAGAAUUUCAGGGUGGAGUGAGAGGUUAUAGUGCAACACAAAGCCAGGCGUGAAGAACAUGUCAUAAUAUAAAAAAAUGUUUAAUUUGGUCUCACUUUUGGCCUUGAGAAGCUGACCAAACUAAACUAGGAAUGGAUUAGAGAGGAUCCCUUACUUUAUCACAUAUAUAAUAUGUGCUUACUUGACACAGUUACAUGUUAAUUAAUCUAUGUACCUGUGUACCAUUCAGUUCUAUUCUUUUCACCUUGCCAUAUUUUUUAUUAUUCUAUGUGAACAAACCUUGAUCACUUUUUUAUCAUUUUUUUUUUCCUGUCUGCCAGAAGUAGGCAGUUGUUGGUGGAACUGUGCGAAAUUCCUCACCACAUACGAAUAUAACAAAACGUACAAACUUACACUACUAUAUAAGACAGAGGGAAGGUUUUUCCAUUCUGGAACUGGUUGUGUCACAGUGCAGGUGUGUAGAGCAGGGUUCUUCACGGGUCAGGGUAAAUAAAGGAUAGGGUUUUAUGGGCCGUGUUGAAUGUUGACAGUAGUCAAAUGGACGUUAGUUAAUGUGGUUGCGGUAAAAAGAAGUACAUUGACGGGAUACUGGUGACUGCAUAUUAGAAAAAGCAAGUGCAAGACAGACAGACAGACUGACAGAAGAAAGGUGAAAAAAAUAGGACCUACCGGUUGUGCCUUCUGACCGUCCCGCAAGUUGACAAAUAAAUAAAUCGAUAACCAAAUAAAGAAUAGAUUUUAGAAAGUAUAACAGUUUUUUUUUAUCAUCACGUCCAGCCAAGUGUGUGUGUGUGGGAGGUUAGGAAAGGAACAAGGUUGAAGAACCCUGGUGUAGAGCACCUUUUCUUGGUUUUUGUCCGUGUGUAGCUCAUUCUCAAUGUAUGUUGGUGUAUGUGUAGGUGUGUGUAUGUGUCAGUGAGUGUGUGUGUGUAUGUGUACUACUACUACUUCUAUUCACAUGCAUGCCCCCUGGCUCCCCCGGCUUCUGCUUUGCUUCUUCUCUCACUAUGAACAAGUGCGUUUCAGUUUUUGAUGGUCUUUCAUGAGUUCUGUAUCUCUCUGUGUAAUGUUGUUUGUGUAUCUUCUCAUUUGAAAAACCCGUGUUUGUAUCCUUCCUGUAUUUUCUAUGGAGUUCGGAGCCACGUUGGUCUGUUCCUGUUGAUUGAAUUAUCACGUAGAUUUCUUCUUAGGAAAAUGUUUUGUAAGUUGUCAGUCAAGAAAACACCUUUGAAACUUUUGUUUUUUCCACGUUAAUCAUAAAUUGCUGCUCUUGCACCUUAGUACAAUAAGUUCUGCAUUUGUGGGUAAAUAGAACGUAUUGGAAUGAGUCAUGGUAUACAGAGGGAAGAAGCAUUUGAAUUCUUUUUUUUUUUUUCUUUAUCUCUUAUUAUAUAAUUGGACGUUAAACUGUUGAAAGGUGUUGCUAAAUUUCCCGUUGCUGCCUGAUUUUGGGGCUGUUUCCUACGUCAGCGGACUGUUCAAAUCAUUGUGAAUAUUUUUAGUGAUAAGCCAAAGGGUGCAUGGCAUCUUAUGAUGCUGUGGCCGUAACAUUUUUCAGGUCACCGUUGUCUGGUUUUUGUAUAAACUGAAGCAGGUGGAGAUAGUGUAGAAGUGGGUUUUUGAUGUUUUUUAUCUUCUACGGAGAAAAAGUCAGAUUGGGCUAUUUGCUACCAUCCAGUCUGCUUAGUCUUUCAUCAGAUUCAGUUGUUUUGUUUUUUUUGCAUUGUUGUUUUUUGUAUUUUGUAUUUUUAUGAUUUUGUAUUGUGUAUUUUGUAAUAUGAUUUUCUUUUCUUUAAAAAAAAAAAAAAAUUUUCUACCAACAAAGCUCACUAAAAGCUUGCCAAAAAGGAAUAGUUUUACAGUUGUUGUGUAGCACUGUUCAGGGAAACUGGCUCCAUGGCCUCACAAGAGGUGGUCUUUCAAAAACUUUAUAAACUCGUUUGUACCUAGAUCCUCAGCUGGUUGUUUUUUGUUUUUUAAGGGUUUUUUUGUGUGUAUGUGUUUUUUUAACAAGUUUUUUUUAAGGAACAGAUCAGUUCAGGGUGUGAUUUUACACACCGCCAACUUGUAGCAUUUAAAAACCAUUUUGUACAGGUCCUGCAUAGUGUGAUUAGAUAACAUUUGUUUGGUGUUCCAUAGUGCACUGAUUUGCCUUAUUUGUGCUUUUAGAAUCAAAAGGGCUUUAAUUAAGCAUGUCAUAUAUAAUAUCGCUGCUUGACAUCAAAAUAUAUGACUAAUCAAAAGUUUGGGAAAAGUCCCUUUUUUUUUUCUCUUUCUUUUUUUCUUUAUCUUGUAUUUAUUGACUUCCCUCAACAACUAUCAUAUGGCACGUGAUCACAGGAACAUUAUUACUACACAGGGCAAGGUGAAUGUUUGAUUUGUUGAAGCUGUUCUUUCUGUCUCGUUCAAUAAAUGUUUUCUUUCCGAGACUUUCUCUGCUUGUCUUUAUGUCCUCUGUCAAGACUUGCUUUUUCUAGUGGAGAGUUUCUUCAGGUUUGUGAAAAUUGUCCACUGAGCAAUUACCAUGCUAAAGAGUACAUGAAUGUAUUGGUAUUUUCAUUGUUUAGUUUCUAGAUAUUAUUUUGUCUUUUUAGAAAGAAAAGUAUUUUUUUUUUUUUAGAAAUUUUUCAGAAGGAGCACAAAAACUACCAGGGGUUCUCGGUUGUGAAAACGUCCUUUUGGUCAUUUUAUCGGAGAGGACUGUUCUAUUUAAAAUUAAUAGUGAUGGGUUUUUUUAUGAAGUUUAAUAUUUGCAAACAUAAUUAGUGCAGUAUAUAAUUUUAUAAAUGCCUGUGUACCUUUUUGAAGAAUUUGGAUUAAUCUUUACAACCAAAAAGUGUGUCAUUUAUUAUAAUAUAAUAUAAGAAAUGCGUUUUGACAUUUGAACCAUUUUUCGACAUGAUGGAGAUUUUUCUUAACAUUUGGAUUUGGACGUUUCGUCUUUUUUGGAAACUCUCUGCACCACCGACUGACAUAUUAUGAUUAUUAUUAUUAUUGUUUAUGUUGAAUCUUGUGAUCUUAUUUCCUAUUCCUAUGUUUUGUCCCUCUAUUUCAUGUUGGUUUUGUUUCUUUUUUGUGUACAUGUGGAGGAGGUCAUGAACCUUCACAAAUAUAUUACGAAUAAACCAUUUGUCAAAAUACC